AGUUUGUGUGCAUCGACGUGUGUGUGUAUGUGUGUGUUUUCUGGUGUGUUAUCUCAUCCACCAGGCAGAAGUCAAACGUCAGCUUCAACGUAUCUUCACGCCGUUGCAUUUGAUGCUUUUGUGUGUGUAUGUGUGUGUGUGUGUGUGUGUGUGUGUGUCUCUUUAAGAUCUGGAUCGUGCUAUUGAGUAGGAAGGGGGGGGGGUGUUGGGUUGGUGGUUGGCUGCAUUGGAACAGUCCUCUCUAAUGAGCAGAUUUUCUGUGUGUGUGUGUGUGAGGGAGAGAGAGAGAGAGACAGAGAGAUAGACUGAUCCAGCCAGAGGAGGAGGAGGAGAAGGAGGAGGAGGAAGGAGGAGAAGAAGAAAUUGUAAAAGGCAGCAGGCUGUGCGUCAGCCGGUGCUCCAUAGGGAAACAUGGAGACAAGCAGAUGAGAUGCUGAAGAGGAGCGAGCGCACCAUAACGGGAUCACACAUAGAUGGAUGUUAUUUCAUCAGGCGUCCAACCUGACGGCAGCCCACGCAGGGGAUAAACCACUUAUGGACGCAGUGGAUUAAAGAGCUGCAACAGACUGAGCUGGAGACGCUGGGACAGAGGAGGAGGAGGAAUCACACCUCAUAUCCUUCUCCUUUAUUAUUUUAAUGUCGCUGCCUGCGUGUGCGCAUUUGCUGCCAGGAAGAGUGUGUUUGCGUCCGUGCGUCCGUCCGUGCGUGCGUGUGUAGAGAGAGCAGCUUGUAACAUUGUGUGUGUGUGUGUGAGAGAGAGACAGAGAGAGGGAGAGAAUAAGGCUGGAGGCUGCGUUGCUGCUCACCAGCACCACAAGACAAACCAAAAAAGCAUCCAGGCAGCCCCCCCCCCCCCCCCCCCCACUCUGCCCCCCUCCACUCCCCGUUUCUAUGCAUGUGAGAUCCAUAGCUGCUUGAUUCGCCAGUGUGUGUGUAUAUGUGUGUGUUUAUGUGAAACGACAGAGUAUGGUGAAGCCUGGAGUGAUCAUCACAGCUGACUUUCAGGAGGAGACCCAAAGAAAAAGUCCUCUUCUCCAGAUCCAAAGUCUUUUUCCUCUCUUCUUCUUCUUCUUCUUCUUCAUCAUCUCAGCCAAUACCUCACACCUGAGUCUGGAUCCUAUGUUGGAAGCUCACAGGCUUCACACACACAUCUAGGCUUUACACUCCAGAGAGGUGGAGGCAUUAUCAGGUAGGAGGAGGCAGAGCCGGUGUGCCAGGAGAGGAGUAGGAGUAGGAGGAAGAGGAAGAGUUUUUUUUUUUUCGUGUUGGUGCCGGUGGAGGCUGAUGGCACACUGCUGGAGCUGCCUGAUGGGUUCGCCUCCUGCUGCUGAGAGAGGAUAAUGGCAGCUCUGGGCCCACAGUCCUCCGCCUCUUCCUCACUCACCUGCAUCCACCACAGAGAAGCUGGAGAUUUUUAGCCAAAGCUUGAAGGAGUCCAGCGGAGGAUGGUGUGAACAGGAUCACCCCUGAUUCUCCCACCACAGCGGCGGGAAGCCCCCCCUCACCCCCCACCCCCUCCUAGCUCUCCUGUUUUUUUUCUUCACCCUGUUACCUCCUCACUGGACCAGUUUAAAAGGAGUGUUUUUUAAUUUUAAUUUUUUAUUUUUGUGGGAGUGAUUCCACUUCCAACGUCCUCCCCAUCCCUACGUUAGCCACCCUGGACUGAAGACAGCACCAAACUGUCCUUACUUUUUCUCCAUUUCUUUUCUUUUUCUUUUCUUUUUCUUUUUGUCGAGGCUUCAGGGGAAUUGCCAAGACCUGGUUCAUGCAUGUCCACUGGCGGCAGGUUCAACUUUGACGAUGGGGGGUCAUACUGCGGAGGGUGGGAUGAGGGAAAGGCACAUGGCCACGGCAUCUGCACGGGACCGAAGGGCCAGGGCGAGUACUGUGGGUCCUGGGCCCACGGCUUUGAGCUGCUGGGGGUCUACACCUGGCCCAGCGGCAACACCUACCAGGGCACCUGGGCUCAGGGCAAGAGACACGGAGUGGGUGUUGAGAAUAAAGGCCGCUGGGUGUACAAAGGCGAGUGGACGCACGGCUUUAAAGGACGCUACGGUAUACGGGAGAGCACGGGGACGAGCGGGAAGUACGAAGGAACGUGGAACAACGGGCUGCAGGACGGAUACGGAACGGAGACCUACUCAGAUGGAGGAACAUUUCAGGGUCAGUGGGUCGGCGGGAUGCGUCACGGCUACGGAGUUCGCCAGAGCGUCCCGUACGGCAUGGCGGCCGUGAUCCGCUCCCCUCUGCGUACCUCCAUAAACUCUCUCCGCUCCGGGUCAGAGCACAGCAACGGUACAGCUCUGCUGGACCGGAGCGGGGCCGUGGUCCCCGGUCCUCCCCCCGGUCCUGGAACUCUGUCCACCAGCGUCUCCAUGUGCAGCACGGGCAGCAGCGGCAGCAGCCCCGCCGUGUCCCGGGGAGGUUUUGUGUUGAUGGCCCACAGCGAGGCUGAGCUGCUGAAGGGGAAGAGGAAAGGCGGGAUCUUCAGGAGGUCCAUCCUGUCGGGACUCAAGCUGAGGAAGUCCGAGUCCAGGAGCUCUCUGGCCUCACAGAGAUCCAAACAGAGCUCCUUCAGGAGCGAGGCCGGGAUGAGCACCGUGUCCUCGGCUGCGUCUGACAUCAACUCUACUAUCAGUCUCGGAGACGCAGACGCAGAGUUGGCUGUUGCCGAUGACGAUGUCGACGCCACAGCGACGGAGACCUACUGUGGAGAGUGGAAGAACGACAAGCGGACCGGGUUCGGCGUUAGCCGACGGUCAGAUGGGUUGCAGUACGAGGGAGAAUGGCUGAGCAACAAACGCCACGGCUACGGCUGCACCACCUUCCCUGACAGCACCAAAGAGGAAGGGAAGUACAAGCAGAACAUCCUGGUCAGCGGGAAAAGAAAAAACCUCAUCCCUCUACGGGCCAGUAAGAUCCGAGAGAAGGUGGACCGAGCGGUGGAGGGAGCGCAGAAGGCUGCGGACAUCGCCAGGCAGAAGUCGGCCAUCGCUCUGUCCAGGACGGCUCAUGCACAGGGUAAAUCAGAGGCAGCGGUGGCAGCAGCUCAGAAGGCUCAGGAGGAGAGUCGUGUGGCCAGAGUCAUCGCCAAACAGUUCUCCCCGUCCUUCCAGCACCCGGGGAAUGGUGUGGAGGUGCAGCGGCCCAAACGUCAGAUGUCCAGUGAGGUGGAGGGUGAGGGCUUGUCCAGCAGCGUCGGCACGGCCGACAGUCCGGACCUUUACGUGAAGAGCGGAGCGUCCGACGACCCGUCCAACGACGCGGCCACCCCUGACCUCAGCCCACCGUCUUCCUCACCUCCUCACACCCCUCCUCCCCCUGCUCGACCGUCCCAGCGAAACAAGAACGCCCGCUUCCACCGGCAGACUGCUGUGGACCACGGAGACAAAGGGAAGGAAGGAGGAGAGCGGGGUGAGAAAGGAGGUGCAGGAGGGAAGACGGAGAUCCAGGUGUUGAUGGAGGGAGGUCACUCAGGAGCUGAAGGCAGUGGGGGGGUCGGAGGGGGGAAAGGGGAGUGCCCAAGGACCAACAGCUGUAGUGAGGACAAAAAGAGAGGAAUGCCAUCAAAAGCAGGAGGUGGACGAGGAGCAACUCGGACCAAUGGACACAAACACAGCUCCUCCAAUCAUAAAACGCGGGAGCACGGCUCCUCUAAUCACAGAGCGGCUCGAGGGGAGCGGUGGAUGGAGUCGUCCUCCUCUGCCUCCUGGACGUCUGGACACAGGGGCGUGCACAGCAAGGGAGGAUGGCUGUUGGAGCAGGACGAGGAGAAAAUUAGCAACUAUGAGAUGGAGAUGAAGCCUUUACAGCCCAGAGACUCCACUACCCACAAGCCCCAUGGGCACGGGGAGGAAAGGCACGGUCACACUCACGGAGAGGGACGCUCACACACCGUGCCCAGACAGAGACACAAGAACCGCGAAGGGAGAGAAGGCAAGGAGGGAGGCAAAGACUCAGCGCACAAACCUGACAGAACGGGGGAGAAGGUGGAGUCACGGCCUCUCCGUCGGGACCUCACCCUCUCGCCCCCUCUGAAGUCCUCACCCAUCACACCAGAGCAGCAGGACCAAAGUCUGACACAGAGCAAAGGCGGCACGGCCUACAGCUCUAUCCUGGUUGCCAUGGUAGUCCUGCGGACCAUCGGAGUGGCCGUUUUGUUUAUUCACUUUUUUAUUUGAGGACAGCGGCGAGUCCGGUGUUGGGCAAUCUACACUUUAGCAAAAAUAUAAAGUCAUACGAGUAUUAUGUCAAACCGCUGCCCUUCAUGCCCCUGGUGGGAGGACAAGAACUGCGGGAUCAAGGUUAGACCAGGACCAAAGAGGGCUCUGAAAAUUACUUGAUCAAGCUGUUACAAAAAACAAACAAAACAAAAA